GACGGAGACAUCAGACGCAGCAAGAUACAUACAUGUUCAACCGCAAUUGUUGUGUGAUGCAGUAUAUAUGCCGGAGUGGAGAAAGCGAGCGCAAAGCAGUUGAUUAGGCUGCAAGGAUUUUCCAGCCUGAACGUUUAUUUUUGGGAAUGUAUUUUUUUUUUAUUGACAAUGUUAUGUCUCUUUCUUUGAAUACUUGGUUGGCAGUGACGACAACUUUCCCUUUUUAACUAGCCUACUUAAUCUAACGUUCGUUGGUUUGGGAAAGAAGACAAACUGCGAAUAGGGGAAAAUACAUCAUUUUAGAAUGGAAAACGACUAAACCUUGGAUUCGGACAGUACAUCAUCGCGACAGCUCGCAAUGUUAAAUGCGGAAAUGCGCUAUUUUCUUUGGUUUGUGGAUAUUUCAGCUCGAUCGAGGAGAAUAAAAAGCCUUUGGGUGUCUGUGAUUGGACCGGACACGGACUGGGGCUGACUGAUGUUUUUCCAGGAGGAAUUUUUUUGGGGGGAGAGAUGAAUACGAGUUUGCUGCUGCUCGCAGCAGGAGAGAUGCCAGUCACUCCAUGCGCCACACUCCAGUGAGGAUUGACAACGUGCCGGCAAAAACGGAAAAGAUUCAUGGAUAAUUCUAUGUUUAAUUUUUCUAAAAUAUUUAUGUAAAAUUGUUGUUUGAUUGUACUCUUAUUUUAUGGGUUAGAACAGAUGUCCACACCUCCAAAACUUUAUCUGUCUGCUGCGUUUUCAAACCUUUCCAAGUGGAGAUGGACAUUGUGCGUUUGUGUACGGUAUUGGACUGGAGUAGCCUAUACAGUAGGCAGAACAUUAGUGCUGUCAAACUCUGGCCUCCUGGCAAUUAUUCACGCUGACUGGUAUUGUAGAAUGCAUGCUAUUUUAUUGUGAAAUAAUAUAGUCUGUCGUUUUUUUUAGGGGAUGUGAGAUUGAACUGUCAGAAAACACAUCUCAUAUAUAUUUGAAUAUGUCUCCAAAAUACAUUUCUGAAGUUUUUGAAAAAUACUUAAAUUUGCCAUUCAGCUUCAAAAAAGAGAUGAUAAUAUAGACAACACGACAACAAAAUGUCUUGGACCAUGGCAAAAAAGUGGAUAGGGUGCUAUAUAUUUUUACUGGCACUCUUGGCAGUGGGAAUGGCCUUUUCGGGUGUAUUCAAUGCGUCCGAAAAAUACAUUUUCACGGAUGAUUUGGUGCCGCUCAAACUCACCCAGGGUAAAGCAUCAGAGCAGCGAAAACUUCAAUCUACCGAUUCUCAUCCCAACCUGUAUUUCAACCAAGUUGAUGUACAGCUUAUGAGGCAAAGAUCAUCCAGCACACACAGCCACAUUUUCAAAGUAAUCAGAGCAGCGGUCCUGACCAUGCUGUCCAAUGUGCCCCUUUACAUGCCCCCUGCAAAACAUGAGGAGUUUACUAGCAAGUGGAAUGAGAUUUACGGGAACAACCUACCCCCCCUUGCUCUGUAUUGCCUGCUGUGCCCAGAGGAUUCAGGUGCCCUGCAGUUUCUCAUGAAGUUUAUGGAUAGAAUGGCAAAUUACCCGGACUGGAAGGUGACCAGUGCUCCCAAUGAUGAGGUGCCCUUGGCACACUCACUUACUGGGUUUGCCACCGCAUAUGACUUUAUUUACUCGUUCCUGGACGAGCACCGACGGGAUGUUUACCUCAAGAGAAUUCGCUCUGAGACAGAGGAGCUGUAUGAAACAUCUAAGUAUAGGGGUUGGGGGAAGCAGUAUCUCCAAAAUCAUCAAACCACUAAUAUAUUAGCCAUCUUGACUGGGGCUAUUGUGGUCGGCGCCCAUGAGGACCCAGAAACGAUGGUUUGGAAACAGGUGUCAGUCAAUUAUAUGGAGAAGACCAUGUUUCUCCUAAACCACGUUGUAGACGGGUCACUAGAUGAGGGCGUGGCAUACGGGAGCUAUACAGCCAAGUCGAUCACUCAGUAUGUUUUCUUAGCGCAACGUCAUUUCAACAUUGACAACACACAGAACAACUGGCUGCGGGAACACUUCUGGUUCUACUAUGCCACUCUUCUGCCCGGCUUUCAGAGGACUGUGGGCAUAGCCGACUCCAACUACAACUGGUUCUACGGCCCAGAGAGCCAGCUGGUGUUCCUAGACACAUUUGUUAUAAGAAACGGCACUGGGAACUGGCUAGCCCAGCAGAUUAGAAAGCACAGGCCCAAAGAUGGUCCCAUGGGUCAGUCCUCUGCCCAGCGCUGGACUACCCUACACACUGAGUACAUCUGGUACAAUGCCCAUCUCACUGCACAACCUCCCCAUGGCUUUGGCAAAGCCAGGAUGCAUAUUUUCUCCAACUGGGGUGUGGUGACGUACGGAGCUGGGCUGCCCAACGGUCAGGGAAACACAUUUGUCUCCUUUAAAUCCGGGAAGCUGGGUGGCCGUGCCGUGUAUGACAUCGUUCAUGCAAAGCCCUAUUCAUGGCUGGACGGCUGGAAUAGCUUCAACCCAGGCCACGAGCACCCGGACCAAAACUCCUUCACUUUUGCCCCUAACGGACAGGUAUUUGUGUCUGAAGCACUUUACGGGCCUAAGUACAGUUAUCUGAACAAUGUGCUGGUGUUCGGACCCUCUCCCAGUAGCCAGUGUAACGCUCCAUGGGAGGGCCAGCUGGGGGAGUGUGCUAAAUGGCUGCGCUGGACAGAUGAAGGGGUAGGGGAUGCUGCUGGGGAGCUGAUCGCUGCCUCCUCCCAUAGAGACACUAUGUUUGUAAGUGGGGAGGCAGCCCCAGCUUACUCUCCUGCCAUGCGGCUGAGGAGUGUCUACAGGGCCCUUGUGCUGCUCAACUCCCAGACCUUGCUAGUACUGGACCAUGUUGAGAAGCUGGACGAUUCGCCCAUCACCUCGCAGAGUGCGUUCUUCCACAACCUCGACAUUGACUUCAAAUAUGUCCCCUAUAAAUUCAUGGACAAGUACAAUGGGGCGUUGAUGGAUGUGUGGGAUGCUCAUUAUAAAAUGUUCUGGUUUGACAGCCAGGGUCUCAGCCCAGAUACUAGGAUACAGGAGGCCGAGCAGGCUGCGGAGUUCAAAAAGAGGUGGACACAGUAUGUUAACGUCACUUUCCACAUGAGGGGCACAGUAAGCCGAGUGGCCUAUGUGAUGCAUGGACCUUAUGUCAAAGUGUCCAACUGUCGAUUUCUGGACAGUAGCAAAAAUGGUGUCAGACUAUCUCUAGUUAUAAACAACACAGAGAAAAUAGUUUCAGUUGUUACAAACUAUAAAGACAUAGGAACAAGAUUAAGUUAUUUAGGAUUUGGGGGUUAUGCCAAAAUGGAAGACAGACAUCAGAUCAUUCGAUAUGGCCUGGGGACUCAACUGGUUCCGAAACAAAACACAGUGGACAAUCAGCUGUUUGAUUUUGGAUUCACAGUCAAUGUGAUAGCGGGGGUGAUACUUUGUGUUGCUAUUGUUUUUUUGACCCUGCAGAGAAAGUUCUAUGUGUGCUUCAGUAGACUGAUGCGCUAUGCUCUGUUCUCAGUGCUCAUACUGUGGAUAGCUGCGCUGUUGUUCGUGUCAAACACCUGCGAUCAACUCCUAUGUGGGGUCAAAUGGAAAGGUGUCAGCACUGACCCAGAGGUCAGCAAACAAACCAGACUUUAUGAUCAACAUCGCUUUGCCCUGCCAACCGUUGUCAUAACGACCCUGCCUGGCUCAGGAUCUGAAAUACUUAAGAACCUUUUUGACAACAGCUCCGACUUUGUUUACAUUCGUGUCCCCACGGAGCAUGUAGACAUUCCAGAGACCGAGUUCGAAUUUGACUCGCUGGUUGAUGCCUGUGAGUGGUCCAGAACGGACGCCCUGCGCGGACGCUUUAAAAUCAUCCAGGGCUGGCUGCAUUCUCUGGUCCACAACACCAAGCUGCAUUUGCAGAACAUCCAGCUAGUGGAGAGUAGCAGGGCCAAGCUGCCCCAGAGAGCCCCAGGCCCCGGCAGUGACAGGAGGAAGAGGACUAGGAGGAAGGAGCCUGCCGCCGAGCUGAGGGGCAAGAUGAGGGGCGGCCUUGAUCGGGAUGCUGAGUACGUCAGGGAGAUGAGGCGCCACGUCAGUGAGUACCCCAAUGCCCGCGUGGUCCUCAACAUGAGGAGUGGAAGCUGGGGGCUCAAACUCCCCUUCCUUCAGGAGGUGGUGGGCCCGUCCCUGAGGACCAUCAAUGUAGUCAGAGACCCCCGGGCGUGGAUCUAUCUCAUGCUCUAUAACAGUAAACCCAGCUUUUACUCCCUUAAAAACAUUCCUCAACACCUGUCCCUGAUAUUCAAGGUGGACGGUAACAGUAGCAGUACCACGGACAGGUGCCCAGUCUCAGCCCCUGAGUUCAGAAUGAUCCGGAGGCUCUUGUCCCACUCGGAGGCCAGCGCCGUCCUCCUGCUGGCUCACCUGUGGCUGGCACACACUGCUGCAGUGCUCCGGGUCAGUGGGAGCCUCCAGGCAGAGGCCUACCUCCAGGUGAGGUUUGAGGACAUAGUCACUUUCCCCCAGGAGACAGCUGAAAGGAUCCACAGGUUCCUGGGGGUGCCGGUCAAACCGGCGGCCCUCAACCAGCUCAUGUUCACCACCUCCACAAACUUGUACAACCUGAUGUACGAGGGGGACAUAUCACCAGCCAACAUUAACAUAUGGAGGCAGAACAUGCCUCGCAAGGACAUCAGACUGAUAGAGGACACAUGUGGGGUGGUCAUGAAAAGACUUGGGUACUCCAGGUUUAUCAGCUAGUUAAUGUUACUGCUGCAGGUCAGCUGAUAUCAAGUUGUCUUGUUUGUUACUGUCAAUCUUUUACUUUAAUCAUCUCUAAUGUUGUAUUUUGCACUGACCGGUAACGGAAGUGAUAUCAUCACUGAGUCACUGAUGGGAAGUAGUAACACGGGACAAAAACAAUUAUUUAAGCCCAAUUAUUUAACUGUGUUCUGGGUUUUACUCUGUUACAUUAUACGUGGGCGGUUCUACUCACACAUGAUACCUUGUGUUUGCAAGUGAGGGAUGUUUUACAUUAAAAUUAGUUGAAGGGGAACUUUAAAAGUGAAAGUAUUUGAUUGUGUUUUCUCCCUAUUAUCCCUGGACAAUUACUUUAAACACUCUUUGUUGGAGUGAGAUUUCCACCCUUUGAUGUCUUACAGUUGUCUCUUAAAAAGUCUCCCAAAAAACGGCAAUGUCUAAACAGAUUAUUUUUGUAAAGCUGUUUGGAGCUUAGAAAUACAAUAUGUUCCUAGUGCUUAAUUGUUUUUUAAUAUAUAUAUAUAUACACUACCGUUCAAAAGUUUGGGGUCACUUAGAAAUGUUCUUGUUUUUGAAAGAAAAGCACAUUCUUUGUCCAUUAAAAAAUUGCUGUUCUUUCAAAAACAAAGACAGUUCUAAGUGAUCCCAAACUUUUUAACAGUAGUGUAUACAUAUAUAUGUACAGAUGAAGUCUGAAGUUUACAUACAGCUUAGCCAAAUAAAUUUAAACUAAGUUUUCCACAAUUCCUGACAUUUAAUCCUAGUAAAAAUCACCUGUCUUAGGUCAGUUAGGAUCACCACUUUAUUUUAAGAAUGUGAAAUAUCAGAAUAAUAGUAGAGAGAAUGGUUGAUUUCAGCUUUUAUUUCUUUCAUCACAUUCCCAGUGGGUCAGAAGUUUACAUACACCCAAUUAGUAUUUGUUAGCAUUGCCUUUAAUAUGUUUAACUUGGGUCAAACGUUUUGGGUAGCCUUCCACAAGCUUCCCACAAUAAGUGAGUGAAUUUUGUCCAUUCCUCCCGACAGAGCUGGUGUAACUGAGUCAGGUUUGUAGACCUUGCUUGCACACACUUUUUCAGUUCUGCCCACAACUUUUCUAUAGGAUUGAGGUCAGGGCUUUGUGAUGGCCACUCCAAUACCUUGACUUUGUUGUCCUGAAGCCAUUUUGCCACAACUUUAGAAGUAUGCUUGGGGUCGUUGUCCAUUUGGAAGACCCAUUUGCGACCAAGCUUUAACUUACUGACUGAUGUCUUGAGAUGUUGCUUCAAUAUAUCCACAUAAUUUUGCUUUCUCGUGAUGCCAUCUAUUUUGUGAAGUGCACCAGUCCCUCCUGCAGCAAAGCACCCCCACAACAUGAUGCUGCCUUCCCCGUGCUUCACGGUUCGGAUGGUGUUCUUCUGCUUGCAAGCCUCCCCCUUUUUCCUCCAAACAUAACCAUGGUCAUUAUGGCCAAACUAUUUUAGUUUCAUCAGACCAGAGGACAUACCAGAGGACCAGAGGACAUUUCUCCAAAAGUACGAUCUUUGUUCCCAUGUGCAGUUGCAAACCGCAGUCUGGCUUUUUUAUGGCGGUUUUGGAGCAGUGGCUUCUUCCUUGCUGAGCAGCCUUUCAUGUUAUGUCAAUAUAGGACUCGUUUAGCUGUGGAUAUAGAUACUUUUGUACCUGUUUCCUCCAGCAUCUUCACAAGGUCCUUUUCUGUUGUUCUGGGAUUGAUAUGCAUUUUUCGCACAAAAGUACGUUCAUCUCUAGGAGACGGAACGCGUCUCCUUCCUGAGCGGUAUGAUGGCUGCGUGGUCACAUGGUGUUUAUACUUGCAUGCUAUUGUUUGUACAGAUGAACAUGGUACCUUCAGGUGUUUGGAAAUUGCUCCCAAGGAUGAACCAGACUUGUGGAGGUCUACAAUUGUUUUCUAAGGUCUUGGCUUAUUUUGAUUUUCCCAUGAUGCCAAGCAAAGAGGCACUGAGUUUUAAGUUUGGCCUUGAAAUACAUCCAAAGGUACACCUCCAAUUGACUCAAAUUAUGUAAAUUAGCCUAUCAGGAGCUUCUAAAGCCAUGACAUCCUUUUCUGGAAUUUUCCAAGCUGUUUAAAGGCAUAGUCAACUUAGUGUAUGUAAACUUCUGACCCACUGGAAUUGUGAUGCAGUGAAUUAUAAGUGAAAUAAUCUGUAAACAAUUGUUGGAAAAAUGACUUGUGUCAUGCAGAAAGUAGAUGUCCUAACUCACUUGCCAAAACUAAAGUUUGUUAAUAAGAAAUUUGUGGAGUGGUUGAAAAACGAGUUUUAAUGACUCCGACCUAAAUGUAUGUAAACUUCCGACUUCAACUGUAUAUAUAUAUAUAUGAAUAAUGUGUUCCUAGUGCUUAUAUAAAUAUGUAUAUGAAUAAUGUGGACUGUAUUUUCAUAAAAAUGUAUACUGGAAAUGUUUUAUGUUAGACAAGAAUGCCAUCAAGGACUUUUAUUUGAAGUUCAUGACAUGUUAAUGGUUUAGCACUUUGCAGGGAUUCCCUCAGAUUAUCUGUGAAAGACUAUACAUUUUAAGCCUUUAAAAUCAAGUUGAAGUAAUUAUUCAAAUGGUAAUCUUAGGUUGUUGGUUUUCUGGCAGAAAAGAAAAGCAAUGCCUUGUUACAAACACACAUACCCCAAAGGCUAUAACAAAUUAAAAUGGGAAUUAAUACCAUGAUCAUGACAUGAUGUUUAACCCUUUCAUGGCAUCCAUUUGAGUUAAAUCCAAAGAGGGUCAGCUCCAUAGAGAUCAAACUGGGCUAAACGACAGCCCUGACACAGUUUCAGUCUGAGCUAUUCCAAAGCAUCCCCCCCAGCUACCCAUAUUAAUCUGCAAAACACCAUAACUGGGGCUCUGUCCUCUGUUUCUGUUGCUGUGUUAUCUUCACUCGGCCCUAGAGGAAAUGCAAACAACGCAAGUUUCCAUUUCCUGUCGCGCUCAAUCAGAUAUCUAAUGAUCUUUCAGGACUUUGUCCUUAAACAGUUCACUAGACAGCAGCCUCCACUGGUUAUGAAUAUUAAGUGUCUAUUAAAAGGAAGUCUAGAAGUUUUAGUUUUCUGGGUUGUUAUGUUCUAUUCUAAAAGCCACCAGUGUGGGUGGACAAAAUGUAUUGAGUCUUUUUGAGUUUAUAUUUUAUGCUUAAUAUACAUUUAAAUAAUUGGAUAUUAAACAACAUGGAAAAAAUACACACUCAAAAACUGCCAUUGUGUAUGUAAAGAAAUAUACGUAUCAUAUCUUACGGAAAUAUCAGUCCUUUCUCAGCCAGAAACUGUCCUGGUUUUCCACUAUGAACACUGAAACCUGUGAUUGCUUGGAAAACCUGUUUGAUGUUGUGGUCUUUGACUGUGUGUAACUUGGCAGCCAUGCUCUCUCUUUGGUGUUGCAAUCCUGUUACCAACUCUGUUUUUGUAUUUGCUUGUGGGGAUGUGUUUCCUUGCUUCUGUGGCCUUGAAUUACAAACAUACUUCUCUACAUCUGGUUUUAAUGGGCUCCAGAGCAGGAUGCUGAGACAAUGUAAAAGAAAAUAAUACAUUCUUAAAUACAGUACAUUGACAACCA